CCUUAUAUUUAGGCCACCACACCUCUCCACUCUUCAUCUUCCAAUCACCACCACCAUCACCACCAAUAGACUUCACUGUUCUCUAAUAUCCAAGACAUCUCUGAGGUUGCUGCAAAAAUGAGGAUUUUCAACUGGGUGCAAGGGAAGCUCAACAAUAAUGACAUGGUUUCCCACAAAAGAGGAAUUAAUGUUGCUAAUGAGAUUGUAGAUACUCGAGUGUUAGAAGAUUCUGUGAACUUAGAUGACAUUCUAGCAAUUGGAACGUUCGGGUUUGAUCAGUCGAAUCCCUUCAACUCCGAAACUGAAGAGGACAUAGGAGAUUCAAAGUCGUUGGUUGUUGAAUGUUGUCCGGAAACAGAAACCGGGCUGGAAACAGAAGAAAUAGCUGCAGAUUUCAAGUCACUGGUUGUUGAAUGUUGUCAGGAAACAGAAUCCAGACAGGAAACCAACAUGACCAUUGAUACUUGUGUAGCUACUGCAAAUGAACUUUGUCUCUUUGAUAAUGAAAUGCUUAAUAACCAACCGGAGAAAGAUGAUGAGAACAAUGCUGAGAAGAAGAAUAAAAUGACGCUUUCUGACUUGUUCUUAGCGGAUGACUACUUCUUCCGCAAUCCAGAUAAUAAUGUUGGCAACAUUACUGCUGAUGUUAAGAAACCAUCAGAUUGCCGCGAUAGUUGUGAGGAGCGAGUCAAAACUGUACAUACUAGUACUCCUCCCACUGCUUCUGCUGCACUGGUCCAAACAAAGGAUAAAAAACCCGGCUGCUCAUUCAUCCAGAAGUUGCCAAUACCUUGUCUGACCGCCGGGAAAGAUUCAUCCUGUUUCAUAUAUUCUCGUCUGCCAACACGAAAAUUACACCGAAUGAUGGCUAAAAUGUUGAAGAAGAAAAAGAAGAUUCAUCCUGCGGCAGCGCAACACGAAGGUGAGAAUGCAGACAGUACCGAAUCAAAGAUAAUAAAAGUUUGUCAUUAACAAGCUACAUGGGAUAGAAAAGACGUACGGCUGAGUGAAUUCAGGAAAUAUCUCUUGUCAAAACACCAUUGUUUUUGACAAUCCUGCCAAGUGGUGACGGCAGCAAUUAUCCUAGCUAGCUCCAAUGGAUAUAUUCAGCAGAAGUUCUAAAAGUUUGGUGUGUGUUUUCGCUUUUUUCUGUAAAGCUUCAUAUGUUUUCAUAUCUGUAGGUCUUCUCUGUUUGGGGUCUUUUGGUUUGUGCAUAACUACCAGUCAGCAUGAGAUUGUCAUCAAGAAAAUAUCUUGGUUACUUUCUCGAUGGUUUGUCAAGACGAAAAAUCAAUGGAGAUUGUUUGAUAAA